AGAGGACUUUCUUCCCUGCGCUGCACCCCGCAAUCGACAUCCAGAUCCUGGAUGACCGUCUGCAGUCAUCCCGCCUGGCUUACCAACCAGGCAGGGCUUUUUUGUCGUCUUUGUUAGUCUGCUAUCUCUACACUCAGGCCUGUGUCAUCCGAUGCCAUGAACCUUUCUCUCAUCGAUCCCUUUGUCCUCGCCCAGGACUAUCCCGACUCGUUGACUGACAAGCUGAGAAGUGGCCAUGCGACAUGUAUACGGUUUAACCGCCGUGGAGACUAUCUGGCGUCCGGACGAGUCGACGGUACGGUGGUGAUAUUUGAUGUUGAAACAAAUGGAGUUGCGCGUAAGCUCCGUGGGCACACGAGACAGAUCCAAUCUCUCAGCUGGUCUAGAGACGGCAGGUAUCUCCUGAGUUCUUCGCAGGACUGGAAAUGCAUAUUGUGGGACAUGAAGGAUGGCUCGCGAGUGCGCACAGUCCGAUUCGAGGCCCCCGUCUAUAUCGCGGAGUUACAUCCAUUCAACCACUGGCUCUUUGUAGCUUCCUUGUUCGAAGACCAACCCGUUCUCGUCGAUAUAUCCACUUCUAAACCCAUCAAACGUAUACUCCCUUCUGCCCCUCUCCGUCCUCAGCUCCCCAAUGGCGAAGAACUCGAUCCAGCCGCGGCCGCGAAGCAAGCCGCUCAAGAUGCCAAACAUUCCACGUGUGUCAGCAUAUUCACAGCAUUGGGGAAUCACAUCAUCGCGGGAACGUCAAAGGGAUGGAUCAAUAUCAUCGAAACACAAACGUGUACAACUAUACAUUCAACGCGGUUAUGCAACGGUGUCGUGAUCCUGCUCCGUCUCGCCAGUAAUGGCAGAGACUUGCUGGUCAACAGCUCCGAUCGCGUUAUCCGAACGAUUCUAUUACCGGAUCUUUCGCAGCUGGGAGUCGGAUUGGACCCGGCCAAUAUAAAGCUGGAGGUGGAACACAAGUUCCAGGACGUCGUCAACCGACUGAGCUGGAACCACGUCGCGUUCUCUUCGACCGGGGAGUUCGUGACAGCAUCCACCUUCAUGAACCCGGAUAUCUACGUGUGGGAGCGAAGUCACGGCUCUCUGGUCAAGAUCCUCGAAGGUCCCAGGGAAGAACUGGGCGUCGUGGAAUGGCAUCCAUCCCGCCCAAUGGUAGCGGCCUGCGGCCUUGAAUCCGGCUGCAUCUACGCCUGGUCGAUUGUGUCGCCCCAAAAAUGGUCCGCCCUGGCCCCUGACUUCGGCGAAGUCGAAGAGAACGUCGUCUACAUCGAGCGCGAAGACGAAUACGACAUCCACCCUGCCGAAGAGAUCCACCAACGUCGUCUCGACCAAGAGGACGAGAUCCCAGACGUCCUAACCAUAGACCCAGUCAAGGGCGAAGGUGAAGGGGAGGUCGACGCAUUCCGCAUGCCUGUCCUCCUCGACAUCACCGACAGCGAAAGCGAGGAAGACAUCGUCGCCGUCGGUCCGGGGACCAUGCGACGACGUAGUCCCGGAGCGAACCGCGAAUGGAUGAACACAAACGGCGACAACGCUCCAAACGGGACUUCCCGACCCCAGAACAAAGGACGUCGAAGAUGACACUAUUAUUGUCAUCCUAUCAUCACUUUCCGUCCUUUUUUUCUCAUUCUCAUCAUUUAAUUUCGAUUUGGACACCCAUCGCAACUAUAAAGCACGUAGUGUCUUUCUGACAAAAAAACCAUGUACGUCUUUUGCAUAAAAAGGAAAAAAGAGUUCAUCAUAGUCCUGGGUAUGGAUGUGGCGAGAUUAUUAUAGGAGUUCGUUUGGGCAGGUCAAGGUUGCAUUUAGGCGGAUCCGGUCAGAUCAAGGGACAGGGCAGGCCAGGGUUUUCUUUUUUUGCGCUCGCACAGC